GUAGGUGGGUGUUUCCGCCGUGGGUGUAGAGCUAAAAAACUGGCUCAGAUUUCAUAUCAAAAAACAACAAAAAUUCUCUGGCGAGUGUCGCUGUGUGUUUUGGGAAUAGAACUGCAUCUCUCUCUGUCUCUGUUGCGUCGGGGAGAUCCGGUUCCUUCGUUUCUGGGUUGGCAGCUUUACUAGGGUUUCUCCUUCUCUCUAUCUCUGAAAAAGCAUAACCCUAGGUUUUCUCUCUCUCUCCACCCCUCUCCGUUUGUCUCAGUAGAUUGUAUCUGCCGCUUAAAUUUUUUUUAUCUCUAGGGUUUUGGUUGAUUUGUCGAGCUUUGAUGGUGCCAAUUUUAUUGGGUUCAAUUUGCGGUAGAUUUUUCUGAGAGAUCUGGAAUAGAUGACCGAUAAGAUGUCCGCAGAGAGAGAGCUCGAGGAACAGCUCAAGGAAGCUGGGGGCAAACUUCUCCAGCCUCCGUCUUCCCUUGAUGAACUUCUGCCUUUGCUUGACCAAGUUGAAAAUUUCCUAUCAAGAGUGGAGCAGUCGCCUGCGAAAUCCAUGCAAGCUGCGCUCUCUCCAUUAACAAAUGCAUUGGUCACAGAUGAACUUCUUAGGCAUGAAAAUGUUGAUGUGAAAGUUGCUGUUGCUUCUUGCGUAAGUGAGAUAACCAGGAUAACCGCACCAGAUGCUCCUUAUGAUGAUGACAAAAUGAAGGAUGUUUUUCAACUGAUCGUAUCUUCUUUCGAGGGUUUAUCUGAUGAGUCCAGUAGAUCGUAUAAUAAGAGGGCCCUGAUUCUUGAAACUGUGGCCAAAGUCAGGUCUUGUGUCGUCAUGUUGGAUUUGGAAUGUGAUGGGCUGAUUGCUCAAAUGUUUCAGCUCUUUCUUGGGGCUAUACGUGACUAUCACCCUGAAAAUAUCUUCUCAUCGAUGGAGACAAUUAUGACUCUUGUAUUAGAAGAAAGUGAAGAUAUUUCCUCUGAGAUACUCAACCUGCUGUUGGCUAAUGUGAAAAAGGACAAUCAGGAAGUCCUCCCUGUUGCUAUGAAAUUGGCAGAGAAAGUAUUUGAAAAUUGUGCAGUUAAGCUUAAACCUUACCUUAGUCAAGCCGUACAAUCUUUGGGUUGUUCUUUGGAUGAUUACAGUGAAGUUGUUACUGCUAUAUGUGAAGGGCCAUCUUCAACUGAGCAUACCAAUGAAAAUGCCUCUACAGAGCAACAGGUGGCAAAGGAUGUUAAUGAAGCAUACUCCGGGGAUGCAGAUCAUGAUGUCAAUAGGUCUCCCAAGUCAAUAAUGCUUAAUGGUGGUGAUGACUUGGGGAAUGACAACAAAGGGACAGUUAUAGGAGCACAAUCUUCGGUAAAUGUCAAGGAGCAUGACCUUGAAGACGAACCCUCGGCUGACAAGGUAGCUAUGAAGCCUGAAAUUGCUGAUUCAGAGACUCGGGAGUCAGUCAUGUUGGAGUCUAAGCUGGAAGAUGCUGCCAUGAAAAGAGAAAGGAAGCCCAGCCCUUCAAUUAAUGUAUCGGAAUCUUCUGAUACGUCUCAUAUUGAUGGUGAGAAGGAAGUUGAGAAGCUACCAGAUUUACAAGACAGCCGUGAAAAAGAUUUGCGUGGUUCUCCUAGGGAGGAACUCUCUGCUGAGACUUCCAAAUCUUUAGAUAGAGACAUUGUUGCAAAGCCUUCUUCUCCCAAGACAUCAGAGACUGAGGAUGCAAACACUGCUUCUGCGUCCCUUAGUGGGAGCCUAGAUGAUGCGGUUCGUCCAAAAAAGGCUAGUCGGCUAAAGAAGAAAGAGAUCUCAAUUCAACAAGAGACACUUUCUUCAGAUGUCUCAAAAAAGGCAUCUGAAGGAAGAAAUGACUCAGAAGCAAAACCACAUAGACGCCUGGGGAAAAAAGCACCUGUAGACACUGAUAAUGAAGACAAGAUGUCAGCUGAUGUAGAUACCUCUGAAGAUGGAGGUGGGGGUAAAAGCGAUUCAGAGACAAAACAGAUGAAGCAAGCAAGAAAGAAAGUUGAUGAAAGUAGUAAUGCUGGGGAUGGAUAUUCAUUAAAGAGGAAUGGAGAAAGCAAAAAGCGUGUGCGUGGAAAAGCUGCCUCAGAGAAUGAAGGGACUAAGACCUCCGCUAAAGAUGAUCUGAAGACACACAAGUCUCCUACAAGAUCAGCAAAAGAUGAAGGUUCUUCUGAAGAAACAGUUAGGAUGAGUACCAAGAGGAAGCGUACAGCAAGCAAAGACAAAGGAACUGCAGAUGUCGAGUAUGGUAGUAACUUGGUGGGUUUAAAGGUUAAGGUUUGGUGGCCUCACGAUCGUCAGUUUUAUGAAGGUGUUAUUCAUUCUUUUGAUUCUGCAAAGAAAAAGCAUAAGGUUGCCUACAAUGAUGGUGAUGAGGAAAUUUUGAACCUUAAGAAAGAACGAUGGGAAUUGGUUGAUGAUGGUUCAGUUUCUUCUGAAGAGCAAGGAGCUGAAACAGCAAUCCCUGAUACUGCAUCUGGAAUGCAAAGGAGGAAGAAAGGUAGAAGAAAUCCUGAAUCAUCCAUUAAGCCGGGGAAGAAAGAGGUCUCACCUAAAAGUGGAGCUGCUUCAUCUGGCAAGGCAAAAGGAACUGCAACAAAAUCUGGUCAUAAAACUGAGGAUGACCAGAAGUUGAAAGAUAGGACCACAAAGUCUGUAGCUAAGAGUGAGGAUGACAGCACUGGUAAAGCUAAAUCUCAAAGAACUGGUGAUAAACAUCCUGAUGAUUUCACAAAAACAUCUGUCAAAUCUAAAGAUGUUGAUACUAGCACACCCAAAGCCAAAUCCAAGCAAGACAUUCCAAAGACUGGUAGCAUGUCGAAGCAAGACACUCCGAAGACUGGUAUAAAGUCCAAAAGUAAGACCCCCCAAGCUGGUGGUGAUGGUAGUGCAAAUGGAACGGGAAAGAUAAAACAUAGCUCUUCAAAGAUGAAAGAGACCGAGGAUUUGAAAGAAAGAUCCAAAGAUAAGUCUACUGAUGUGCUAAAAACACCUGAAGGGGUAAAAGUCAAAUCGUCAGAAGCGUCUAAGGUCCAAGAAAAAAAUCAAAGCGUGAAGAAGCGACGGAGAGCAGGCUAGGAUAUGUUUCAUGUUGCUACAUCUGCUCAGUUCCUUCUGAUGCAUUGCAUCGUCGUUCUGGAGCUGGAUGUCUGAGAGUCAUGUCUAUUAUACUCUUGUCAGAUGUAAUCCUGAAUCAUUGGCUUCAUUUGCUUCCAUUAGGCAGUUUAGAUAAAAGGAGGUCGUAGGAGUUAAAUUUAUUUUGUUGUUCAGUCAGGACUUCUUUUGGUUAGUGUCGUGUUAUUGUUUGUUAGAUAUAAUCUACUUGAAGGCUUAAGUUGCGAUGCUUGGAUCAUGCUAUAAGAAGCUUUCAGUAUUGUUCGCAGAUUA